GUGAAAGUGUCCUAUGUGCCACAUCCUAAGCGGAACAGAAGAGAAGAGAAAAGGACAGACAAGAGAUACACAAUGUCAUUUCCUGGUGAAUUCCUGUCAGAGGAGCAGUUUACCUGUUCUAUUUGCUUAGACGUUUUCACCAAUCCUGUCUCCAUACCCUGCGGCCACAGCUUCUGCUCAUCAUGCAUCACGUCCUACUGGGAGGGUCAGGGAAAAAGCUGCUUCUGUCCUUUGUGCAAGGAAAGCUUCCGCAAGCGUCCUGAGCUCCACAGCAAUCACACACUCAAGGAGAUCACAGAGCAGUUUAAACGGAUGGCGGAGACCACGAUGAGCGCACCUAGGAGUGCACCUGCAGAUUCACCAUCCAACCCUUUUUCUGCAGUGAAACCUGGAGCGCAGAACAGGCCGGUAGAGCUACCCAGAGGCCUCCUGCCAGAAAUGAGGAACCGCUUUCAAAAAACAUCAUCCAGUGAGCCUUUGGCAUCCCACGAUGCGGAUUCUCUCCCUCCUGCCAAGACACCUAAGCGAAACUUUAGUGUGAGUGGAACAGGUUCCAAUGGGCCACAGUGUCCCAGACAUGGGCAUAGUUUGGAGCUACUCUGCAAGACUGACCAGACAUGCAUUUGUAUAACAUGUGCAGAGAGGGAACAUUAUGGGCAUUCUGUGAUAGAGGCCAAGAGAGAGAUGAAUAUUAAGAAGUCCCAGUUGCGCAUCUUGGAGGUAGAGCUACAAGGAUUGAUCACAGUCAGAGAGAGGAAGAUAGAGGAGAUCCAAACAUCACUUGCAGAAAUUCAAGUAAAUGCAGAGCGAGAGAAAGCAGGUACUGUGAGUAUGUUUGCUGAGUUAAUGAAAGCUGUUGAGAAGUCCCAGGCUGAACUUCUGGGGGUGGUGGAGAUGGGACAGCAGGCUGCAGAACUUCGCUCUCAGGCCUUCAUACGUGACCUGCAGACGGAGAUCUCUGAACUUAGAAAUAGAUUUAGCAACAUCAAUCAGUUGACCCAGUCCCAAGAUCAUGUUUUCUUCUUCAAGACAUAUCCAGCCUACAGUAGCUUACCUGAGACAAAGAGCUGGGCAGAAGUGGCCUUGACCCCUGACCCCACUGCAGAAGCAGUGCUGAGAAAUGUCACUCAGAUGGUGGAGGAGGUUCAGGAAGCCCUGAGAAGACUAUCUGCGAUCUGUUUGUGCCCUUCCACAGGAAACCCACUGGAAAUAUAUCAACAAAAAGUGUGGAAAGUGCAGGAAUAUGCAAUGGACGUGACCCUAGAUCGAGACUCAGCCCAUCCACGUCUGAUUAUCACUGAUGAUGGUAAACAGGUGCACUGCCGUGACCGCUACCAGACGGUGCCAGACACAGUUGAACGGUUUGACCGUGUAGUGUGUGUACUUGGCCGCCAAGGUAUAAGCUCUGGCUGCCAUUACUGGGAAGUUGUUGUGGGUGAGAAGACGGACUGGGAUUUGGGCAUUGCUAGUCACUCCAUCAACAGGAAAGGAAAACUAGUCGCAAACCCAGCUAAUGGAUUUUGGUUUCUAAGUCUACGAGACAAGCAUGAAUAUGUCUUCCGCACAGAACCAUCAAUGCCUAUAGUUGUACACCCAAAACCACAGCACGUCGGCGUGUGUGUGGACUAUGAAAAAGGUCAAUUGUCCUUUUAUAAUGCAGAUACAAAGUCACUGAUAUUUACCUUCACAGACUCCUUUGCAGAGACUUUAUAUCCUUUUUUCAGCCCAUGCACGAACAAAUCUGGAAAAAAUGAGGCCCCGCUUAUCAUAUGUCCUGCCUAUCCAGCUAACCCAAGCGGGCAGACUGAAAAAUGAAAGAAUAGUGGGAUAGAACCAAAAAUAAAGCUCACAG